GGACUUUCUUUACUCGACUAGUUCCGUCCAUGGUGAUGCAGAUGUAUAUUCAAUUGACAUGGUAUCACACCUGUCUGGGAUAGAUGUUAAUAUAAAGCAACGGCGGAUGAGAUCUACCGAUGCAGGGCUAUACGAAAUGCCGGGUGGAGCCAAGUGGUUGCAUGACGUAGCCCGGGCCAUUACCACCCGACCGGAAACUCAUGUUCCGAGGGUCGCAACAACACCACCAUCUCCUCAAGGUUAGUUUGCUGGAUAUCAAAUCGGAUGCUUUUAAUCCACUGGCAUUGCCGGUGCCGCGGGUAGCGGUUACAGGGCUCGAUGAGACUCCAUGUUUCGGCGCGCAUAAAGGACCAGCGCUCGUCAUUCACCCGGACUGGUUCUUCCCACCUCGAGUUCUAGAGAUUAUCUACGGUUUCCCAUCGCAGCCAUGCCGUGUGGCUCUUCCAAAACGUGCCAGGGUUGCUCCUGUGCGCCAACAGAUGCGCCACCAUCGAUCAACAUCGAAGAUUGCCUGAAAGAGCUCGAACUGCUACGGAAGCGCAAUUGUGAGUUGGAGGAGACGCUCAAGGUCCGCACAGAGCCAAAACCCAAGAUCCCGAUCAGCACCCCGGGUCGGCCGCUACGCUCAUCGAAAUGGUUCAACUGCCGCGAUGAUCCCGGGAUGACGGCCAUCUACAUGGAGCGAUACUUUAAUUUCGGCAUCACCCGAGAGGAGCUAAUGGCUGGAAAACCCAUCAUCGGAAUCGCCCAAUCAGGAUCCGACCUGGCGCCUUGUAAUCGACACCACCUGGAACUUGCUAAGCGGGUUCGCGAAGGUAUCCGCACCGCCGGCGGAAUCGCCAUCGAGUUUCCGACCCAUCCUAUCCAAGAGACGUCGCGGCGCCCGACGGCGACACUGGAUCGGAAUUUAGCGUACCUGUCACUGGUGGAAAUCUUGACCGGUUACUUUCUGGAUGGAGUGGUCUUGCUUACGGGAUGUGAUAAGACGACUCCCGCCUGUCUGAUGGCCGCGGCGACAGUUAACAUUCCAGCCAUCUGCAUGAACGUGGGACCCAUGUUGAAUGGAUAUUCCCGGGACAAGCUGACAGGCUCGGGUUCCGUGCUGUGGAAGGGACGGGAGAUGUAUGCAUCAGGCGAGAUCGACGACAAGGAGUUCAUGGACUACAUCGCGCGAGGAACCCCAUCAGUCGGACACUGUAACACGAUGGGUACGGCGUCGACGAUGAAUGCACUGGCAGAGGCGUUGGGAAUGGCCCUCCCCGGGUCGGCUGCGAUUCCUGCACCAUACAGGGAGCGAGGGCAGUGUGCCUACGAGACGGGCUGUCGGAUUGUGGAAAUGGUGGCAGCGGAUCGAAAACCCAGCGAUCUGAUGACCCGCGAGGCGUUUGAAAAUGCCAUUGUCGUGAAUGCCGCGAUUGGUGGCAGUACGAACGCCCCGAUUCACAUCAAUGCGAUCGCCCAGCAUGUUGGGGUGGGAGUGACCAUGGAUGACUGGGACCAGAUCGGGUCCGAGAUUCCGCUGCUAUUGAAUAUGCAGCCCUCGGGAGAGUAUCUGGGGGAGGAGUAUCAUCGGGCGGGAGGUCUCCCUGCCAUUCUAGCUGAACUACUCGACGCCGGAAAGAUUCAUCCGAAUGCCAUGACAUGUACCGGUCAGACCAUAGCAGAGAACAUCCGCGGCAAGCAUUCGUGGGACCGACGGGUGAUCCGUCCCUACGAUGACCCGCUGAUGAGCCACGCUGGGUUCAUUCAUCUCUCUGGUACGCUCUUUGACUCGGCCAUUAUGAAAGUCUGUGCGAUCUCGCCGGCCUUCCGUCAACGAUACCUCUCCGACCCCCAAGAUCCCGAUGCGUUCGAGGGCCCGGUUGCUGUCUUUGACGGGCCGGAAGAUUAUCACCGACGACUGGAGCACAUGGACCAGAUCAAUGAGCGGACCAUCCUAGUCAUGCGCGGUGUCGGGCCACGGGGGUACCCGGGAGCUGCGGAAGUCGUGAAUAUGCAUCCGCCCAGUCGGCUGUUGAAGCAGGGCAUCGACGCGUUGUUCUGCAUUGGAGAUGGGCGGCAGUCCGGCACCUCAGGUUGUCCCUCCAUUCUGAAUGCAAGCCCGGAGGCGGCCGUCGGAGGCAAUCUGGCCAUUUUGCAAGACGGGGAUCGUCUUCGCAUCGACCUGCUGAAGCGGCGAGUCGAUAUGCUCCUCAGCUCAGAGGAGAUUCAACGCCGUCGACAGGUGUUGGAAGCCAAUGGGGGCUUCCAGAUCGUGCCCAGUGGCACGCCGUGGCAGGAGAUCUUCCGACAGGAGACGGACCAGCUAGGGAACGGCAUGGUGCUGCGUACGGCUGUCAAGUAUCAGCAAUUGGCACAACAAGGGGAUGGACCGCGGCAUAAUCAUUAAC